AUGGAAGACCCAUCAUCGUCUGGGGGCUGGCGAUUCGCCCAGUGCUUCGGUGACAAGGGAGAGGUUGAGGAUAUCACCGAGGCCGAUAUCAUAUCCACCGUCGAGUUUGACUCUACGGGCAACUACCUCGCUACGGGAGACAAGGGCGGGCGUGUUGUGCUCUUCGAGCGGAACGAAUCUAAGAAGGGCUGCGAGUACAAGUUCUACACCGAGUUUCAGUCUCACGAACCGGAAUUCGACUACUUGAAAUCACUCGAGAUAGAGGAGAAGAUCAACAAAAUCAAGUGGUGUAAGCGUCAGAACCAGGCGCAUUUCCUCUUGUCGACGAAUGACAAGACCAUCAAGUUGUGGAAGGUGUUCGAGAAGUCAUUGAAGGUGGUAUCCGAGUCGAACCACUAUGACGGCCAACGGCAAUUACCCCCACCUGCACACUCCAGCCACCUGCGUCUACCGCGGAUGACGCAGCAGGACAACAUUAUCGCGGCAGUGCCACGAAAAGUGUAUGCCAAUGCGCACGCGUAUCACAUACACUCGAUUUCCGUGAAUUCCGAUCAGGAGACGUACAUUUCUGCCGAUGAUCUGAGGAUCAACUUGUGGAACCUGAACAUUUCCGACCAGAGCUUCAACAUCGUCGACAUCAAGCCGGUGAACAUGGAGGAACUUACGGAGGUCAUCACUGCCACCGAGUUCCACCCUUCACAUUGCAACCUCUUCAUGUACUCGAGCUCCAAGAGCAACAUUAAGCUCGCCGACAUGCGCGAGGCCGCGCUUUGCGACCGACACGCCAAAUGCUUCGAGGAGGAAGAGGACCCGACAACGCGAUCCUUCUUCUCCGAGAUCAUAUCGUCGAUCUCCGAUGUCAAGUUCAGCCACGACGGACGAUACAUCUUAUCGCGUGACUACCUGAACUUGAAGAUCUGGGACAUCAACAUGGAGUCGCGACCCCUCAAGACGAUCCCAAUCCACGACCACCUGAGGGGCAAGCUCUGCGACUUGUAUGAGAACGACUGCAUCUUCGACAAGUUUGAGUGUAUCUGGAGCGGGGACGACAAGAACGUGCUGACGGGCUCCUACCACAACUACUUCCGCAUAUACGACACGGACACGCUGAACGAUGUCGUCUUGCAAGCCGACAAGUCCGCUUUCAAGGCGAAGAAGAUUGGCGGCCCGUUACCCGGCAAGCCUGGCGCGAAGAACCGGCCGGGAGGACUGCGGGACGCUAUGCAGCUGGAGACUCUGGACUUCAACAAGAAGAUUCUCCAUGCGAGCUGGCAUCCAAGGGAGUACACGAUCGCCAUCGCGGCGACGAACAACCUCUUCCUGUACAGCGCCGCGUAA